CGAUAUAUUAAAUCACUCAUAAAGCAAAUGACGAUAAACUACAUAGAAGCAGAGCAGAAGUGAAGCAGAGACGUCUACGGAAGUCACUUAUGUUGGUUUAUUUAACUAGAAAUUUUAAUAUCUAGAUCAUGAAACCACAAAAGCGAAAGCGAGACGAAGCAUCAAAUUCUAAAAAAUCUAAGAAAGGAAAAACCCAGGUAGAAGAGGAGGAAUAUGAAUUUGAAGAUGAGGAGGAAUCAUUAACUGAAGAAGGUGAAUGUAUUCCAAAAUCAUCUGGAGCUGCUUUGAAAUCCGAAAAUCAAGAGGAUGAAUUUGGUGCAAGAGACUACAGACAGCAGAUCGAACUCAAGCCAGACCAUUCCUCAAGACCUCUCUGGGUGGCACCUGAUGGACACAUAUUUUUGGAAUCCUUUUCUCCUGUCUACAAGCAUGCACAUGAUUUCUUAAUAGCCAUAUCAGAGCCUGUUUGCCGACCAGAACACAUACACGAAUACAGACUAACUGCAUAUUCCCUGUAUGCUGCUGUCUCAGUUGGCCUCCAGACUAGUGAUAUUAUAGAAUACUUGAGAAGGCUGAGCAAGACAACCAUUCCUGAUGGAAUUGAAAAAUUUAUAAAGUUGUGUACCCUUAGCUAUGGUAAAGUCAAACUGGUUCUUAAACGCAACCAAUAUUUUGUAGAAAGCAACCAUCCGGAGGUACUCCAGACCCUGUUAAGARAUGAGGUGAUUCAGUCAUGUAGGAUAAUCCCAGAGGAAGGUGAUGCACCUGAAGUCAGUGAAAUACUAAAAUCAACAGAUAAAGGAAGGUCUGCUAUCAAGUUUAAUUCUAAGCAGAAAGAAAACAACACAGCAGAUUCUUCCAAAGCUCAAGACUCUUCACAGGAACCGGGAGAACAAGAGAAAACAGCUAUCCCUUCUGAUAUCACUGACUACAUAGAUAAGAUUGACCAAGAUGAAGAAGAUGAGGAAGAGAGUCAAAUAUUUUCCUUUGAAAUAAGACAAGAACAAAUCGAGAUUUUACAAAGAAGGUGUAUUGAUUUGGACUACCCGUUACUUGCCGAGUAUGACUUCAAGAAUGACACAGUUAAUGCUGAUUUGAAUAUGGAUUUGAAGCCAACAACUGUUCUACGACCAUAUCAGGAAAAGAGCCUAAGAAAGAUGUUUGGCAAUGGACGAGCGCGUUCUGGAGUUAUCGUGUUACCGUGUGGUGCUGGUAAAACUCUAGUUGGUGUGACUGCUGCAUGUACUGUGAGGAAACCAUGUCUCAUCCUCUGCACGUCAGGUGUCGCUGUUGAGCAAUGGCGUAGUCAGUUCAAGCUUUGGUCCACUGUUGAUAGUCGAAUCAUAUGUUGUUUCACAUCUGAUGCUAAAGACAAACCAAAAGAUUGUGGGAUAGCUAUUUCUACGUAUUCAAUGGUGUCUCAUACUGGAAAAAGAUCGUGGGAAGCAGAACAGGUGAUGAGUUUUCUGCAAGCACAAGAAUGGGGUUUAAUGAUUCUAGAUGAGGUACAUACCAUUCCUGCUAAACAGUUCAGAAGAGUUCUAACAGUCGUUCAAGCCCACUGCAAACUUGGUCUCACGGCGACUUUAGUGAGAGAAGACGAUAAGAUUCAGGACUUGAAUUUCUUGAUCGGACCAAAGUUGUACGAAGCAAACUGGAUGGAGCUACAAAACAAUGGGUUUAUUGCUAGAGUCCAGUGUGCUGAGGUGUGGUGUCCAAUGACUCCAGAGUUUUACAGUGAAUAUCUGGCCAUUAGAACAAGAAAACGAAAGCUGCUUUAUGUCAUGAACCCAAAUAAGUUCCGAAGCUGUGAAUUCCUAAUUCGGUAUCACGAACGGCGUAACGACAAGGUGAUAGUGUUUUCAGACAACGUGUUUGCUCUGAAGAACUACGCUGUAAAGCUCGGCAAACCCUUUAUUUAUGGACCCACCUCGCAAGCCGAAAGAAUCAACAUUCUACAAAACUUCCAACAUAAUCCUUUAGUCAAUACCAUAUUUAUAUCCAAGGUCGGAGAUAACUCGUUUGAUCUUCCAGAAGCCAACGUGCUAAUUCAGGUUUCUUCCCAUGGGGGAUCAAGAAGACAGGAAGCUCAACGAUUGGGGCGUAUUUUGCGUGCUAAAAAAGAUAUGGCUGCAGAAGAGUACAACGCAUUCUUUUAUACCUUAGUAUCAACGGAUACCGAAGAGAUGUAUUAUUCAAGCAAACGUCAAAGGUUCCUGGUAAACCAGGGAUAUAGUUUCAAGGUCAUCACUAGUCUGGCUGGUAUGGACGAGGAAAACCUUAAUCUUUCUACGAAACGAGAACAGCAAGAAUUACUUCAAAAGGUGUUGGCGGCUAGUGAUGCAGAUGCUGAAGAAGAAAAAAAUGCUGGAGACCCGAAUCAAAAGUCAUCUGGAGUGAUUCGUCGGGCUGGUUCCAUGGCGUCCAUGUCAGGUGCUGAUGACAUGAUGUAUCUCGAGUACCGAUCAUCUUCCAGAUCAUCGUCCAAUCUUGCUAGGCACCCGUUGUUCAAGAGAUUUAGAAAAUAGAUUGAACAUGAAGCACAGGUUGAAUCUAUCUGCAAAACGAUGCAACUGGUUUAUAAAAGUACAUAAAAGAACACAUAGAUCGCAAAGUGUUGUAGUGAUUGGGUCAAUUUCCGACCCCCAAUCCAUCUGUUUUGGUUUCCCUCAAGGGUCCUCAAUUGGCCCCUUGUUAUUUAUAAUUUAUAUCAAUGAUUUACCAUGAGUGGUAUCGUAUUGCAAAAUUCAUUCAUAUGUGGAUGAUAAACUUUCUACACGUUAGCAGUAGCUCCGUCACUGAUAAACACUUCAUGCUAUCUGAAGAUCUAAAGCAUAUAAUAGAAUGUCUUAAGCCCCGUCCRCACUAUGCCGAAUAAAUUUGAAUCCGAAUUUUUAUUUAUUCGGUUGRCCUACCGUCCACAGUAGUCCGGGCGGAUCCGGAACAAGUCUUCACCGAAAACCAUUUUUUUCAAAUACRGUCUCCAGAGUGGAACAAUUUGAAAACGCCGGCUACCGCGGGAGUCGUGCAUAACCCUUUACAACGCCAUGAUACUUCUAAUAUUUGACUAUUGUGCUACUAUAUAAGCCUCCUGUGGCAAGACCGUGAUUAAUUGGAUAACCUACAUAGACGCGCCGCCAGUAUUAUUGAAGGAUACAAAGUCUCUCAACUACAGGUUGCGCGGAUAUUUAGUUUGCCUUCACUCCAGUCCCGCCGGGACUACCUGAAAUGCAUGUUGRUGUUGAAGUGUAUACAUAACCUGGCUCCACCUUAUUUACUAAAURAUUUCUGCAACUCGCGCGACUGACACGCAUGUAAUACGCGCCAUASAGAUUUGCUACGUUCUGUAAUAUUUUUUCGGUCUGUAAGUUUAUUUCAAACAGAGCCCCAUUCAAACCAUCUUUGCUGAACUGGGCAGCUCUGUAUAAAUAUUGUUGGAAAAUGAAUAAAAGAAGAAAACAAU